AAUAAAUAAAAAUUUUGAUUUAAAAAAUUUGGUUCAUGAAAAUAAUAUUUUAAGGUAUUUUUUGGGCCAAAAUUUGCUAAAAGCAAAUUGUUGCUUAAAGGAAAUCUAUAAGCCAUACGUUUUGUAGGAGUGCCGUUUGACUUUGGAUUUAAAGGAGUAUAUCUAUAUAUAAAUAUAUUGGAGACACAAAAAAAAAUAGCCUGCAAGUGAACAAAGCCUAAAAAUGAAUAAAACUUGCGCCCGUUGUCAAAAAGUGGUCUAUCCCAUUGAGGAGCUUAAGUGUCUAGACAAAACAUGGCAUAAAACAUGUUUUAAGUGCACAGAGUGCGGGAUGGCGUUGAAUAUGAAAACUUACAAGGGUUUCAACAAAUUACCAUACUGCGAGGCACACAUUCCAAAGGCCAAAGCCACAGCAAUUGCAGAUACGCCCGAACUGAAGAGGAUAGCGGAAAAUACAAAAAUACAGUCAAAUGUGAAAUACCACGCAGAUUUUGAGAAGGCUAAAGGCAAAUUUACACAGGUCGCCGAUGAUCCCGAAACAUUGCGAAUUAAACAAAAUACGAAAAUCAUCUCGAAUGUGGCCUAUCAUGGUGACUUGGAGAAAAAGGCCGCUAUGGAGAAACAGCGUGAGACCGCCGAAAUUGCAGAUAACCGUG